AGCAGCAUGAUGUUUGAGAACCAGAGCAGCGUGUCCCAGUUCCUCCUCCUGGGGCUCCCCAUCCCACCAGGACAGCAGGACGUGUUCUUUGCCCUGUUCCUGGGCAUGUACCUGACCACGGUGCUGGGCAACCUGCUCAUCAUCCUGCUCAUCAGGCUAGACUCCCGCCUGCACACGCCCAUGUACUUCUUCCUCAGCCACUUGGCCUUUUCUGACAUUUCUCUCUCAUUUGUCACUCUCCCAAAGAUGCUCAGGAACAUGCAGACUCAGCAUCAAUCCAUCUCCUAUAUGGGGUGUAUUUCUCAGGUGUAUUUUUUCCUACAUUUUGCUUCUCUUGACAAUUUCCUUCUGGUUGUGAUGGCAUAUGACAGGUACGUGUCCAUCUGUCACCCUCUGUACUACACUAGUAUCAUGAGGGAGGAGCUAUGUGCACUGCUGGUGGCUGGUUCUUGGAUAGUUGCCUGUGUCCAUUCCCUCAUUCAUACCCUCCUCUUGGUCCAGCUAUCUUUCUGUGCUGACAAUACCAUCACCCACUUUUUCUGUGACCUUGCUGCCCUCCUGAAGCUGAGCUGCUCAGACACCUCUCUCAAUGUGCUGGUCAUAUUCACUGAAACAGGAGUCAUUUUCUUUCUUUGUCUUGGUAUUAUUCUGGGCUCAUAUGUCCGCAUAGGGAUCAUUAUUCUGAGAGUCCCCUCCACUCAGAGAUUCUUUAAAGCCUUGUCUACCUGUGGCUCCCAUCUCUCUGUGGUGCUGUUAUUCUAUGGGGCACUUGCUGGUGUUUACUUUUCUUCCUCCUCAUGGGGUUCCAAAGACAUAAUUGCUUCAGUCAUGUAUACCAUAGUUACCCCAAUGCUGAACCCCUUCAUCUACAGCCUGAGGAACAGAGAUAUAAAACAGGCCUUAGACAUGUGUGUCAAUAGGGUUAAGUUCUUUAAGCAGCAACCACUAAAUUCUCUUUUUGCAAUCAGGAGCACAGUGAGAUAG